AUGCUGACAGUUGUGAGGAAAUCACUGGCCAGCUUGGGCCUACAGCUGCAGCUUGAUCUCCUGGCCAGGUACAAAUCCACCCAGGAUGUCAAGAACGCUCUGAUCAUCUUGGCCCCGGGAGCCGAGGAAAUGGAGUUUACCAUCUCCGCGGAUGUUCUGCGGCGGGGAAAAAUCAAUGUCACGGUGGCGGGUUUAAAUGACUGUGAGCCGGUCAAGUGCUCUAGGAGUGUGGUCAUUGUGCCGGAUACUUCUCUGGAGCAGGCCUUGAGCCACGGAAAUUAUGACGUGGUGGUGCUGCCUGGAGGAUUGGCUGGUAACAAAGCUUUGAUGAACUCGCCUGCUGUUGGUGAAUUGCUGCGGUGCCAGGACUCAAAUGGAGGAAUGAUUGCUGCUAUCUGUGCUGCUCCCACUGCGCUGGCCAAACACGGAAUAGGAAAAGGAAAAUCUAUUACAUCGCAUCCAGAUAUGAAGCCCCAAUUGAAGGAUCAUUAUUGCUAUAUUGAUGACGCUGACGUGGUUCAGGAUGGAAAUAUCAUAACAAGUCGAGGUCCUGGCACAUCCUUUGAUUUUGCCCUGAAGAUUACCGAGCAGCUUUCUGGCGUUAAAGUGGCCCAGGAGGUGGCCAAGGCAAUGCUUUGGACAUAUAAAUCUUAAUUGCAAUUAAAGAAAAUUAAUUAUGUACUAAUAAUAAACUUUGGACAUACUUGAA